AUGCUAGUGUGGAACUGCAGGGAAGCUGGUAAUGCCAACUUCAGACGUUCUCUGAAAGACCUCGUGAACACGCACAAUCCAGAUAUCGUUAUCCUCACCGAGACUCUGCUGUCUGGUGAUCGAGCUACUCAGGCUGCCACUGUUGGGGAUUUCAAUGAAGUCGCCAGUAGUAUUGAUAAGAUAGGUGGCCGAGCUGUUAAUGUAAAUAGGAUGUCGACCUUCAAUACCAUGUUGGACACCUGCUCCCUUACUGAUCUUGGCUAUACGGGACCAAGACACACUUGGACAAACUUGCACUCCUCCUUAAGCCUUAUCAUGGAAAGACUUAAUCGAGCGGUUGCAAACCCCACCUGGCACCUUCUCUUCCCGGAAGCCUCAGUUCAUCAUUUACCCCAUAUACACUCAGACCACUGCCCUCUAUUACUAAAGCUAAAUCCUGCUAUGGAGACUACCCCUAAUCGCCCCUUCCGUUUUGAAUCCAAAUGGCUCUCCCACAUCGGAUUCAAGAAGCUAGUGCUCCAAUCGUGGGAACAAGCUAACUUCGACCACAACUAG